AUGGAUGACGACGACUCUUCUCCGCUCUCCCUCACCAUCCACCACAGUGGCAUUCCGCAUACUUUCGAUCUCCCGGCCACUGCGACCCUCCACGAUCUUACCACACUCCUCGCAUCCGCUCUUCAUAUCCCCAUCGAGAACCAGAAACUCCUCAUCUCUCCAAAACCGGGACUCCAGAAGCCGCCAUUUGCGGCAACACGCCUCAACGCUCUCCUUCCUGUCGACUCACCCCGUCUCAAAAUUACCCUCCUCGGCACCCCUGCUAAGGACAUCGCCGCGCUGAACGCCCAAGCCGACGAGACCAAACGGCGCGCCGAAGCCCGCACCGCGGCGCUCGCUGCAUCCGCAAAACAGAAAUCCUCCGUUCGUCGCACCGCUAGCGGCAUCCACACCCUCUCCUCCAGUUCCAACUCGUACACCUUCCAUCGCCUCCUCCCGCUCACGCACCUGCCCAACCCGGACCGCUCGCUGCAGUUUCUGGCACGUCUGCGCGACGAUCCAGGCAUCCGCGCCGCCAUGGCGAAGCACCGCUUCUCGGUGCCCACCCUGACGGAGAUGGAUCCAGCCGAGCAUACGACGAGCGAGUCACGCACGCUGGGCCUAAACCGGAACAAAGGCGAGGUGAUCGAGCUGCGGCUGCGCACAGACGCCUACGACGGAUACCGCGACUACCGCACGAUUCGCAAGACGCUGUGCCAUGAGCUGGCCCACUGCGUGUUCAGCGAACAUGAUCGCGAUUUCUGGGAUCUGACGGCGCAGAUCGAGCGGGAGGUGGAGCGGGCGGAUUGGAAGCACGGGGGUAGAAGGCUGACGGAGCAGGACUUUUAUAAUCCCGAUGAUUGGGAGGCGUUGCGCGAAGGGGGAGAGAUGAUGGAUGAGCGCGGUUGGACCGGGGGGGAGUUUGUUCUCGGUGGUGUGAGAGAUGAUAAUGGGGAGGGACUGGACAGGAGGGAAAUCAUGGCGAGGGCGGCGGAGGAGAGAAUGCGGAAGGAUAGGGAAAAGAACUCUUGA